AUGGACAAGGCCAAGACACUGGAGGUGCUGCGCGGCAUGAAGUUCAUGCAGCGGAAGGAGGAGACAAAGCGCCGCGAGCUCUUUGAGGUUGACCAGCAGAAGCAGCUGGAAAAGCGGCUGCGCGCGGCAGCUGGUGCAAUGGACGGCGACCCCACGGUGCCCCUCAGCCACGCGCAACCUGCAGGAAAGGUAUCAGGCUUUGCGACCAUCGUGUACGACAACAGUUUCCCGAGGGAGUCAUACAACCUUGCGCGGCGCUCCUUCUUUCGCAAGUCGAGUCCUCCUCCCUCUGCCUCUGUUGCGGCUACGGCGGAAGACGCCAUGGGUGGCAGUGAUUUGCGGGCGAAGCGUGAAAGGGACGCAGAGAAUUGCGGCGUUGGCGACCAAAGGGAGGAGGAGGAGGAGGAGGAUGCCAGCAGUGAUGGGUGCGAUGAUGCUGGGGAUGACCCGACGGCGGUGGGCGGCGGCAGCACGAGACGAUUCUGCGUCAGGGUGAAUGCGCCGGUGCUGCCGAAAGGACUCGCGCGGCAGGUGGCCAAUGAAAGGGAACAGAAGCGACGGCGGCAGGAGGAAAGGGAGGAGGAAUAA